UCAGGAUCACACAACAAUAAUGAAUGGAAACACGUCGUGGCCAAGAAAGUUGAACAGCAGCUGAGAGUCAGUGGGACUGAAAGUUGUCUGUCGCAGGGGAAGGACAUGGAUUGGCAUGAAAAAUCUGAAAAUACUCGCCGGAGGAGAAAGCAGCUGAACUUCCAUCACUUUUAAAAUCAAGGUUUUUGAAGGCAGGACGGUGGAAUUACACUGUAAAUGGCACUUUUGGGGGGCAGUAAUAGGAGACUACUGCACUGUCAGCUUUUUAUCUCAGCGAGGAGACGUGGAUUACUCGGUUUCAUCCGUUGAUGACAUUGUUGGAAUACCUGUUGUUUUAUUUUGUUUUUAUGUUGUUGCUCGUUGGCUUAGCCUUGGUAUCGUUGAAGUGAGUUGAAGGAGGGAGAGAGUCCGUAGAGCUGGGGAGAAAAUGGGGAAUAUAGAGAGUGUGGAUGGACAGUCGGAGAUGAAGCAUCACAUCAUGCCUCUGAAGGUGCCCAUGCCUGAGCCCACCGAGCUGGAGGAGAAAUUUGCCAUUGUUUUGAAUUCUAUGAACCUGCCUCCAGACAAAGCCCGGCUCCUCAGGCAGUAUGACAAUGAGAAGAAAUGGGACCUGAUCUGCGACCAGGAGAGGUUUCAAGUGAAGAAUCCUCCUCACACCUACAUCCAGAAGCUGCGUGGAUACCUAGACCCUCGAGCCACUCGCAAGAAGUUUCGGAGGCGGGUGCAGGAAUCCACAAAAGUCUUAAGGGAGCUCGAGAUAUCACUGAGGACAAAUCACAUUGGGUGGGUCAGGGAGUUCCUCAAUGAUGAGAACAGAGGUCUUGACAUCUUGGUGGAGUAUCUGUCUUUCGCCCAGUGUGCUGUCAUGUUUGAUUUUGAGGGGCUGGAGAAUGGGGAGGAAGGCUUCUUGGACAAGGCUAAAUCUUGGAGCAGGUCUAUAGAGGAUCUGCACCAUACAGGCACCCAACCCUUCUGUAACACACUGGUGCGCUCUGCCCGCCAGUCUGUUCUCCGCUAUGGCUCAGCCUCAAAUACCAAAACCAUCAAAAACUCCCGCCUUGUGAGCCAAAAGGAUGAUGUGCAUGUGUGCAUCAUGUGCUUGAGAGCAAUCAUGAACUAUCAGUAUGGUUUCAAUAUGGUCAUGUCCCACGCACACGCGGUCAAUGAAAUUGCUCUCAGCAUGAACAAUAAGAACUCACGGACAAAAGCCUUAGUUCUUGAGCUGCUUGCUGCUGUCUGUCUAGUCCGUGGAGGUCACGAGAUCAUCCUCUCAGCAUUUGACAACUUCAAAGAGGUGUGUAAAGAGAAGCAUCGUUUUGAGAGGCUGAUGGAUUACUUCCGCUGUGAGGAGGGAAACAUCGACUUCAUGGUUGCUUGCAUGCAGUUCAUCAACAUCGUUGUCCACUCAGUUGAGGACAUGAACUUCAGAGUCCAUCUGCAGUAUGAAUUCACCAAGCUGGGGCUGGAUGAGUACCUGGAGAAAUGUAAACACACAGAGAGUGACAAGCUGUCGGUGCAGAUCCAGGCCUACCUGGAUAACGUGUUUGACGUGGGUGGUCUGCUGGAAGAUGCAGAGACCAAGAAUGCAGCGCUGGAGAAGGUGGACGAGCUGGAGGAGCACCUGUCUCAUGUGACGGAGAAGCUGCUGGAGGUUGAGAAUGAAACAAUGAUGAAGGUAGCUGAUCUGGAGAAAGUGCUCCUUCAGAAAGACAAGGACCUGCAAGCAAUACGGGAGACAUACGAGUCAACCAACACGCAGGUCAACACCCUGAGGAGGGUGAUCAAGGAGAAGGAUGCUGCCUUCCAGAGGCACUUCAACAUCGAGAGGAGGCUGCUGGAGCUUGAACAGCAAGGCACCAUUCGUUUGCACAAGAAACCUGAUGGAGACAUUGCAAUCGAGCCUCUUGGUGUGGGUGGUGGAGGUGGUGGUGGUGGUGGUGUGGGUGGUGGCGGCCUGGGGAUCCCUCUGGGUGACAUUGGGCAGCUCUCUCUGGGUCCUACAGCAGUGUCAACAGAACUUGGAGGACCAGACACCAGUUUACCACCAGCCAGUGAAGCUCCUCCCCCGCCUCCCCCACCACCACCACCUCCUCCUCCCCUGCCCUCUGCCACAGGCAUGGGUGCACCAAUUCCACCACCGCCGCCUCCUCUUGCUCCUCCUCUGCCAGAUGCUUCUCCCUCCGUUAUCCUUAGUUUGGGUCUUUCAGCUAUCAGAAUCAAGAGGCCCAUCAAGACUAAGUUCCGCCUGCCCGUGUUUAACUGGACGGCCCUGAAGCCCAAUCAGAUCAAAGGCACAGUCUUCAAUGAGAUCGAUGAUGAACGUGUGCUCGAGGAACUGGAUCUAGAGAGGUUUGAGGAGCUCUUUAAGACCAGAGCCCAGGGUCCUGUUGUGGAUCUCGCCUGCACAAAGAGCAAAGUUGCCCAAAAGGCAGUAAACAAAGUCACCCUCCUAGAUGCCAACCGCUCCAAAAACCUAGCCAUCACACUGCGAAAGGCAAACAAGACCACAGAGGAAAUCUGCAAAGCAAUCGAGAAGUUUGACCUCAAGACCUUACCUGUUGACUUUGUGGAGUGCCUGAUGCGCUUCCUGCCCACAGAGGCAGAGGUCAAGGUGCUGCGUCAGUACGAGCGUGAGCGGCGUCCACUGGACCAGCUCGCGGAGGAGGAUCGCUUCAUGUUGUUUUUCAGUAAGAUCGAGAGACUCACACAGAGGAUGAACAUCAUCACCUUUGUCGGCAACUUUGCGGACAAUGUGAACUUGCUCACUCCACAGCUCAAUGCAAUCAUUGCUGCUUCCGGAUCAGUUAAAUCUUCACCAAAGAUGAAGAGAAUGCUUGAGAUCAUCUUAGCUCUGGGCAAUUACAUGAAUAGCAGCAAGCGAGGCUGUGUUUAUGGCUUCAAAUUACAAAGUCUUGAUCUGCUGCUGGACACUAAAUCUACAGACAGAAAAAUGACAUUGCUCCAUUACAUUGCCCUAAUUGUGAAAGAGAAAUACCCUGAACUGGCCAACUUCUACAAUGAAUUGCACUUUGUGGAUAAAGCUGCUGCAGUAUCUUUGGAAAAUGUGCUGCUGGAUGUUCGAGAACUGGGUAAAGGCAUGGACCUGAUCCGGAGAGAGUGCAGUCUCCAUGACCACUCAGUGCUCAAAGGCUUUGUCCAGUCCAGUGAUACACAGCUGGACAAGUUGCAGAAGGACGCGAAGACAGCAGAGGAAGCCUUCAACAAUGUGGUGAACUACUUCGGAGAGAGUGCCAAGACGACUCCACCCUCAGUAUUUUUCCCUGUGUUUGUGCGCUUCAUCAAAGCCUACAAGGAUGCAGUGGGAGACAACGAACAGAGGAAGAAGCAGGAGGAAGCGAUGAGAGAAAAGUUAAUGGCUCAGGAGGCUAAACAGCAUGACCCUAAGGUCCAGGCCCAGAAGAAGAGACAGCAGCAGCAUGAGCUGAUCGCAGAGCUGCGUAAGAGGCAAGCCAAAGACCACCGGCCUGUGUACGAGGGCAAGGAUGGCACUAUUGAGGACAUCAUCACAGGUGGGACAGACAGCAUCCAUGUGGCUGCCAGCAGUCCUGGUCGCCCCAGGCCGAGGAUGACUGUGGUCAUUCACUGCUCAGCUCCUUUGAACUGCACCUUAUGCUACGUUGUCCAGACACAAGCACAUGUUGAGACCAGCACAUAGCAGUUCAGCAGUCGCUAGUUAUUCCACGACGGUCAGGGUACUAAAGUAUAAUCCGUAUUUCUGACAAAAUCAAAAAACCAAAAUACGGAAACAGCGCCCCCUUUUCCUUUUU